AUGUCUCAGAGACACCUCGUUCCCAGCGACUCUUACUGUCCAUUUGGAGAGCCCUGGUUAGACUCCUGUUUCCAGCAGACGUUACUCCCAAAUGCACCAUGGCACAAGCUGGAGGAGGAUGUGGCUAAAGCACUAGCUCAAAAAGUCCAAAAGCAGUUCAACCAUCCUGAAAGGCGGGAAAUGCUCUUCAAAUUGCUAGGGAAAGGCUUCAUCAACAGUUACUUCCCUUCUGAAAUGCCCCAUCCACAACUUUUGGAGCCGCCCCAGAUGUCUGCGGAAGAGAGACGACGCCUGGAGAUAGAAGCCAAAUCUUGGCUGCUCAGCCAGGCUUACAAAUGUGUCAAUGAGAUGGGUUAUCCCUCUGUCAUAACAGGAUCCUCUGACGGAGACACUACCUCCAAGGAACUGGCAGAUUUCCUCAGGCACACCUUCUCCAUUUUCUCUAAUGGACUGGACAGAGAGCUCUAUUGGCAAGAAGAGGAGCUUGCAAAAAAGAAGAAGUUGGAAAUCCAACAGUUGAGCCAAAAGGAGAAGCAAGUGUCUGGUUUGAACCGUGUUCCAGUGCCCAGUGUGAUCAAGUCCAGUUCAUCAGCCUCCACGGUCAGACCUGACCUACCCUCCACCAGCCACAUAAAAGCAAAUUUACACAACUUGGAAGGCGAUCCUCCCCCUCUCUGGGGCCUCCAGAGUGACAAGAUUGGAAAGGCUAUUGUCCAGGUGUUACAGAGAGACCCUCGCAAGUUCGACCUGGUGGUGGGUCGCUUACAUGGGAGACAACUCCCGGGCAUAUUGCGGUCUUACAUCUGGGCUGAUGUUCUCUUCAGGGAUCAAAGAAAACGCAUGAAGGGAGUAAAUGUUGAGAGAGUGGUGCGGGAAAGGUUUGCGAAAGCUGUUCAGAAAGGUGCUGUGGACCUGGGGAUAAAGCGAGCUACACAUUCUCCGAUAACGGGACUGAUAGAGAAUGCUGUCAUUGAGAAGUACAGCCGCACAGUGGGAAUGGUACCCCAUAACCAGCAGGCACACCUGAGAGAGGCGGCGCGGGUGCUGAAUGUCCUGUAUGUGUAUGACAGAAGUUAUGAGCCUUACCUGAUAGACUGGCUCUUCCCUCUACAGCUGGCGCUCAGGGACAGCUCUGAUGUGAGAGGUGAGAGUCUAUACGAGCUAGCCAUGUACCUGGAUCUGCUUAACGACAGCUGCUUCCCUACCUGGCCUCAGGUAUUUGCCAUCGCCAAGACUGUUCUUGAGGCGCUCCACCGGGAAGAUGCUGAACUCUACGAUCAUCUCAGGGAAAUUGCAUUCAUUAACAUCCAGUUCAACCCAAAGGAGUUCCUUGUACAGCUGAUGCACCAGGAAAAAGCCAAGGCCCAGACGCUCCUGUCAGCCAGCCCCAGUGUCGUCCAGUCAGAUCCUCUGUCCGCCAAACUCCUCGCAGACCCUCUUAUCUUCCUGCGCAAGUGGAUAGGGGAGUGUUUUGUUAGCGUGCUGGACACACCGGCCAUCCUGUACGUGUGGGAUCAGUGCUUCAUGCAGGGUUGGAAGGCCUCAGUGCUGCAGAACUUCUGUCUGGUGAUGCUGGAGCUGUUGAGGUCAAGGUUCAUGAUGGCCUCAGAUUACAGAAGCAUGAAGGAGGUGUUUUUCAAUGAACCAUGUAAGCUGUACACCAUGGACAUUCAGAUGGCCUGGAUCCAUUUGGAGAAUGGAAAACCUCUGUCAGAAAUACCCGCCAUGAACAGGCAAAGGCCGAGCACUGCCUAUGUCCGGGUAAAAUCUGCCUCCUCUGUCACAUCUGUGGACUCCCUGAAACCAUUCGGUCUCAAGUACGUGAGGUUAAAACUGAUAUUCCCUGCGGAGUCCUUUGAUAAGGAGCCUCAGCUGUCUCAGUGUGAUGUGUCUGACCUGAAGCUUAAUGUGUCUGUGUACUUUGGGACUGUCCGUCUUGCCACCCAGCCUUCAACACAGCCCCCUCUGGAGGUCAGGUCUGACACUGACAGCUAUGGGGAGAGAACUCUGUAUGCCAAGUUCCCUGUGGAUAAGUUUGAGUUUGAUGCAUUGGAUCUGUCACAGUUAGAUGUGGAGAAGGAGCUUGGAGGGACGGUGUAUGCAAUGGUGGAAGUGGAGUAUUCCCCUUCCGCAGGUGACCAAGCUAACAAUUCCACCACCCUGGGCUGGAGUAAAGUCCCUUUGUAUGAUCAGGUGUCAGCCAAUCAGUGGACACUUCUAACAGGAAAUAACACCUACCCAUUGCACCCUGGGAAGGAAAAGGGCAGUAAGUCAACCCCGAUCCCAGGCACCUCAGCUGAGUACGAAACAGACCUACUGGGCUACUCCUCAGAGCUGAGUCUGAUAAUCUAUGACCUGGAUGAGGAGCCAUAUGAGGAACCUGCAGACAUUAUUCCGGUACAGUUACCUCCUCAGGACACCAGGGAGCCGUCUCCUCCCAGGAAGCCGUCUCCAGUUCUGACCACCCCAGCCUCAGCACAGACCCCAGAUGUUGAUGUCGGAACACCAAAGCCCCCGGUGAAACAGACCCCAGGCCCUGAACAUAAGCGGCGUCGCCCCAAGGACAUCAUCCCGCCCCCAGAUACCCCUGGGCCCGUGGAUCCCUCCCCAUGGGUUGCCCACAGGACUAAGACAGCAUCGUGGAACCCUUCCCCCACAGAUGUGACUGAGGCCUUUGAUCUGUAUGUGGACAGUGUGCGCUUCAUCCCUGACAAUGCCUCAGUGGUCAAGGUAACUGGGCGAGUGCUGAACACAGGUGACAUAACAAGCCCACCUGACAUCAAAGCCUUACCUGAGCUGUCUGAGUCGGCCAGGUGUCCAGUGUUCGGUUACAAAUUGACUGUUAACGGGAAUAAUGAGGAAGCUAGUGGGGACAUGCUGAUCUUGUUACGGCUGUACACCGUGGAUGUGGUGACUGACAUGCUGAUGGUGGUGGGAAGCUGUAUAUUACCGGUGUUUGAACCCGAUGACACUGGAAAGCCAUUGCUUAGAGUGGGAGGUCAUCAGCUGAAGUUUAGGAAUGGAAUGCCUCCUAAAAAUGCACCACAGGAGCUGCUUAAAGCCUCAGACAUCGAUGGUGUUCCAGCUAUCCCAGGAUGCACCAUUCUUGUGCGCCUCAUGCCACAUUCAGAGAAUUUUGUAGCACUUCCCAAGUAUGGUAAAGGGUACUAUAAGAGUUUUGACUGCCAACCCUCACUGUCUGAGGAGAGGAUUUUCCACAGUUACACAGAGCAUAUGGCUUACCCUAGAGACUUCCGACAGAUGAUCAGAAGAGUGCAGACUGUGGAGAGAGUGCCCCCUAUGUCUGAUGAUGGCUCACUCUCACGCUGGGUGGACAGUCGCCUUGACCUAAAGAAGAACCUACCAGCUAACCUCCCUGCUGGCCACAUCAACAUUCUUCAGUGUGUGCGGUACCGGAUCAAAACAGGCCUGUCUGUCAGGGUCAAUCGGGCAUUCGGCUUGGAAGAAAACCAUUAUGUGCAGUGUAUUCUGAGAGUCAUACCUGGAGGGUUAGCCCUGGACAUGGAACCCACAGAGGCUGGGCUAGGGGGCCAGGAGCAAUGGAUCACCCUCAAACAUGACUACUCUAGUCUGCUGAGGUCCCCGUGCUGGAUAGAUCCACCCCAGGAAAUUCAUCCAUUCUACGAUGAGAACAGUUGUGUGCUGAUCCAGGUCAUUGGACUAGGGGUGGUAUACCACCCUACGAGAGACCACCGGGCCCCAGGGAGACUUACAGGGCCUGAGGGUCAACAGCUGAAGGAGCUGGGGGAACACUCCAUGAUGGGCUGGGCAGUGGUGCCACUAUUCAGAGGGAACUCAGUGCAGACAGGUGAACACCAGGUGCCUCUGUUGCGGGGUCGGCCUUCUGCCAACAUCCUAGGUGACUUGACGCGGAUGACCCCCGAGGAAGUGAUAGAAACCCAUGAACUCAAAAAACCCAGCAAGAGACUGUUCCCGGGGCACCUGUCUGUAACUAUUUGGGACAACCAUUUUGAUUUCAAGGAUAUCCCAGUAAUGAGGACCUACAAGACCCAGCUGGCCUCGGCGGGUAACCUUGACCUUUACAUCAAGGCUCAGAAAGGACUGACGGGAAAGCUUAUGGCUAGUCUUGUCAACAGCAACAUGAAGAGUUUUGAAAAGAGUGGCCCAGUCUUUGAGAAAGAAGCCAAAUUCUUUGAACAGAUUGUCACCAAAACUUACUAUGAGCUUGUUGAGAAUGCAUUGUUGGAGGCAGGCUAUGGGCCGCUAAAGACAGACCCCCCUUCUGAUGAGGCCUCUGGCCAGCACGGUGUCCCCACCCAGGCGGUAGGCGGGGGUUGGGGUGAGGAUGAUCCUGACAGCCCACCAGCAUUUGAGUGAUACAGUGCCAGGGAUUCUGCAGGGAGAGGCAGAACAUUUGAAAAUGCCACUAUUUUCUUAUGUUGCUUGAAGAAGUCAAGUUUCAUUACACUUUACAUUACCAAGAGCAUGCAUGAAUGUUAAAACACAGAUUAAUAACGGGCUCUGUGAAGCAUUGCAUGAUGCAAAGUAGAAACUUUGUCCAUGGUGUGAAGCUGAGUAGAUUUUGUGAUGUAAUGCAGCAUUAGUUGUGUAGAAUUCACAUUUGGGACCAGUGUGUGUACGGCUUAUGAUCAUUUUGUGAACAUAGUUUGGGACCAGUAUGUGAAUGGCAUGGGACCACUUUAUGAACAUAGUUUGUGACCAGCGUGUGUACAACUUGGGACUGUUUUGGGAACGUAGUUACGGACCAGCGUGUGUAUGGCUUGGAACCACUGUGAACAUAGUUUGGGACCAGUGUGCGUACAGCUUUGGACCACUUUGUGAACAUAGUUUGGAAUGUCUUUGUUUGCUGUACUGGCCCAGUGAAGUGCAUGAUUUGAUGGAUACGCUUACUUUCAAUCCCAAGACUGCAAUCGACAAAAACCCAGAACCCCUGAAUACGGGUACUAAAAGGUAACAGUAAAUAUUUCAGCCCUAUUAAAGAAAUAUUUACAUCACAAAUACAGCAAUAGUUUACAAGACACCUGAUAUUUAGACUGUCACAAGUUUAGUUAUCGUAACUUAAGUAGUUUGUAAGCUGUAUGUUGGAUUUUGUAGUCUUUUAUAUCUUUGAACUUACGUUCAUUCAUGCUCCACCUUCCACUACAAAACCACCAUUCAAAAACAAAGUUCUGCCAGCAUGUUUGCUUUGAUCCCUUGAUACAGUUCUAGACUGGCAGUGACUCCACCAUUUUAAGCACUGGGUUCUUGUAGGAACAACAUGUAUAUGCAGGCUUUCCCAAGCUUGGUCUUCUCAAAGAAACUCUCAUAUCGCAAAAGGGAUUUGAUGAACUGGCUGUAUGGUGACAGAGCAGGAAUUGUACUCUGUCAAAUGGAGUAAUCUACUGUGUCUAAUGGAGUAAUCAGACUUCAAAGGUAAAAUGCCUGAAUAAAAUAUUACAUCUAUUUUUAAAUUUUCUCGAACAGAUAACCAGUUUUAUGUAAUUUACAUUUUAUGUCCUGUGCCGUUCAUUUCUUGUGAAGUGCAUUGCUUAACUCUAUACGCAUAGAGCUGUACAGUUGUACAUGAUCAGUUCCACAAAUCGUUGAGUUCAGCUGACUUCCGAUAUAUUUUUGAAGUUUUUCAUUGUACAGUUAUCUUGCAGAAUUCCAUUCAUCUCUCAUCAUCUUGUAUGUAUAGAAUGCUAGCUGAACUUGAAGUGUACGGGACCACAUUUUGUUGUAGAAUACACCAAAUCAUCAUGUAAAAAUCAUCAUCUGGAAAGGAAAGUUAAACUCUAUUGUGCUUGUGAUUUUAAAAUAGAAUGAAGAAAAAAAAUAAAUAAAAAAAUAUAUGGACUAAUAGUUGCUAGAUUCUGAGAGCCCUGUAGAUCUUGAAAAAGUGGUAUAUUUUUUUUUUUUUGGGAUGGUAGGGUGAUAUUCUAGUGGAAAAUGUAAGUUUCAGCAACAUAAGUAAUAUUUUGUGACCUAUUUUGUCUCUAAAAAUGUAUUUUUAGGGAUGAAUAAGGAAAAUAUAGAACUUAAACCUGAACAUGCGAGGUUUGAUGUGUUUCACUUUGAGUUGUCUCCCUUUCCUUUAUUUAUUCAUUGUGGAUUAUUAGUCGAGGACAAAUUAUUGUUACAGGAAUUUCACGUUUGCACUCUGUGACGUGCACAUACAGUAGAAAAAACAAAGAGGUUUUAUAUCUGAAGUUUGUAAGAUUUCAUAACUUACAUGGACAUCACUUUGUUAUUUAUCAGUUCCAGAUCCAGAAGUUUGCGUUGGAUUUUGUAAAAAUGCAUUGUGACAUUUUAUAAGGUGUAUUAAAUCCUUUCACAUGCCAUCUAAAUCAUUGUGACAAUGAAUUAGCUAAUGUAAUUGUUUAGAGUUUCAAAAUUGCUUUGACAUAAAAUGUAGCGUUUUAAACGUGGAAAAAUUGGUUGAUCUGAAAAAAGGAAAGGUUUUUAUGCGAGUGCUCAUAUCCAUUUGGUCAUGCAUGGUUAUUUAUAUUAGCUUAUGAAAUUAUAUCAUCUCUUGAAAUUCCCAGCGCUAUUGUACUAUAGUUUACAUUGGCACUUUUAUAGUGCUUAAAGUUUCAUUCACGCAUAUAUAUAUUAUAUAUCAUAUGUUCCACCAAUAACUUAACUGAAUUAAUUCAUUUAUUCAUUAAUUUUACUGGAAAACUGAUUAGACAUAGACUAAAAUUUUCCAUGUAUUUAGAGCCUUCAUUAGUACACAUUUAGAAGGUGAAUGAGUGUGUACAUGUACAGGGCUGCUGUCUCAAAACCAAAUCAGUUUUAGAUGUAGUAAUAUAUUGUGGCACAUAGCUGU